GACAGGAAGUGCACAAAGCAGCGACAAUCGCAUGAAAGUAAAAUGCCUGAGCCAGAGAAAGACUUGUAUAAUAUUUUUUGUUAUGAAACUUCAAGGACGUUUGCAGUAUAUUCGCCUUUUAAGGCCCGAACUGGAGUACAAAAUGUUUUGAAAUCGAUAAAACCGUCGACACCCCAACUUUCACCACAGGAGGAACAGGAGAAGCUUCUGGAGGAAGCUGUCAACAUUGUGAAGAAUCAAGCCUUCCAGAUGAUAAGAUGUCUGGACAAAGGCAAACUGAUGGAUGGUCUGAAGCAUGCCUCCUCGAUGCUCGGAGAACUGCGAACCUCCAUGCUGUCUCCGAAAAGUUACUACGAGUGCUACAUGGCUAUAUCUGACGAACUCCGACACUUGGAGAUGUACCUGUGUGACGAGUUUCAGAAAGGUCGGAAAGUGGCUGACCUUUAUGAAUUGGUGCAGUAUGCAGGAAAUAUUGUCCCCAGAUUGUAUCUGCUGAUCACGGUUGGGGUUGUGUACAUCAAGUCUAACGAGCUGUCUCGUAAAGACAUCCUGAAGGAUCUCGUCGAGAUGUGUCGUGGAGUCCAGCACCCACUGCGCGGUCUCUUCCUCCGCAACUAUCUGCUACAGUGUACCAAGAACGUCCUGCCCGAUGCGGAGGAAGAAGCCAGUUCUGGUGAGUGUGAGUCCGGCACCGUACACGAUUCUAUCGACUUCAUCCUCCUCAACUUCUCGGAGAUGAACAAACUGUGGGUGCGCAUGCAGCACCAGGGUCACUCCCGCGACCGAGAGAGACGCGAGCAGGAGCGGCGAGAACUGCGCAUCCUCGUUGGCACGAACCUCGUGCGACUCAGUCAGCUCGAGUGCAUCGACAUGGACAAAUACAAAAAGCUUGUUUUGCCCAAUAUUCUGGAGCAGACUGUUAACUGCAGAGACCCAAUAGCACAGGAGUAUUUAAUGGAGUGUAUUAUUCAGGUUUUCCCUGAUGAGUUUCACCUUCAGACUUUGAGUGGAUUUCUGCGAGCCUGUGCAGAUCUUCAUGCCAACGUCAAUGUGAAGAACAUCAUCAUCUCUCUCAUCGACAGACUGGCAGCGUUCGCUCAGAAUGAGGAAGGACCUGGUAUUCCUGAUGAUAUUCAGCUGUUUGACAUUUUCUCUCAGCAAAUAGCUCAGGUCAUUCAGAAUCGGACGGACAUGCCACCAGAAGACAUUGUAGCUCUCCAGGUUGCUCUGAUUAACCUUGCUCUAAAGUGUUACCCAGAUAAAGUGGACUAUGUGGACAAGGUCUUGGAGACCACCGAGGAAAUAUUCAACAGACUCAACUUAGACCACCUGGAGCACGGUACCCCGGUGUCGAAGGAGCUGAUGCGCCUGAUGAAGAUCCCGGUGGACACGUACAACAACCUGCUGACCGUGUUGGAGCUGCAGCACUACGGGCCCAUGUUCGAGUACUUUGACUACAAGGGCCGCAAGAUGAUGAGCUGCUACAUCAUCAACAACGCCCUCGACAACGAAAUCAACAUUCCGGUACAGGAGAAUGUUGAUGCCAUCUUGAACAUCGUGAACUGUAUGAUACAAGACCAGCCGGACCAGCCCGAGGAGCCAGACGACCCGGAUGAUUUUGCCGAGGAGCAGGGCCUCAUGGGUAGAUUUAUACACCUGCUCAACUCGGACGAUCCCAAUCAACAGUUUCUGAUUUUAAACACUGCGAGAAAACACUUUGGAAGUGGAGGCGACAAAAGAAUAAAAUAUGUUUUACCACCAAUUGUAUUUGCUGCUUACCGGUUAGCCUUCAAGUAUCACGAGUUGAAGGAAGAGGAUGAAAAUUGGGAGAAGAAAUGUCAGAAGAUUUUCCAGUUCUGUCAUCACACUAUAGGAGCAUUGAUCAAGGCGGAACAGGCGGAGAUGCCCCUCAGAUUGUUCCUCCAGGGGGCGCUGGCAGCUGGGCAGAUCGAGUUUGACAACUAUGAAACGGUCGCUUAUGAAUUCAUGUCACAGGCUUUCUCGCUGUACGAAGAUGAGAUAAGUGACAGCAAGGCACAGCUGGCAGCGAUAACUCUAAUCAUCGGAACCCUCGAACAGAUGACGUGCUUCACCGAGGAGAACCACGAACCUCUCCGAACCAAGUGUGCGCUGGCUUCAUCAAAACUGUUGAAGAAACCAGACCAGUGUCGCGGAGUGUCAACCUGCUGUCAUCUGUUUUGGUCUGGGAAGUCGGCAUCACAAGAAGGCGAGAUGCAUGAUGGGAAGCGCGUGUCGGACUGCCUCAAGAAGGGUGUGAAGAUCGCUAACCAGUGUAUGGACAGCUCGGUGCAGGUCCAACUGUUUGUUGAACUUCUCAACCACUACAUCUACUUCUUUGAAAAGGGUUGUGACCAGAUAUCUGUCCAGGUACUGAAUCAGAUUAUAUCUAAAAUAAGAGAAUACCUUCCGAACUUGGAGGCCAACGAGGAAACUGAACAAAUAAAUAAACACUUCAACAACACACUAGAACACCUGCAGCAGAGAAUGGACCUGAGCGACUCGACAGUAUCAUACGAGGGACUGGUGAUGUGAGAACUCUGUGGUGAUACAAACCCCAGUCACUGACCAACUGCAGACAUGCUAGCAUUUACAAGACUGACGAAAAAACAUUUGUGGAUAGCAGGACAUGUUAGUAUAUGUCUGCAUUUCUCAACUUUUGAAAUGUACAUCAUUUCAAACAACACACUAGACAUUUCAAACUUAUCACUUGUACAGUACCAAGACAGUUAUAAUAUAUUUCAAAUAUCAUUGCAUGUGUUAAUGGUGACUACAAUUAAAUGCUGGUACAAGUUU